CUAAUGUAUAAAAGUGUCGAAAGUGCAAGCAACGUGAACAAACGUAUCAUUAAAAAGUACAUGAAAAAAGUAAACGAAUUUGCUAUAAGAUCACCGGUCAAAACUUAGUUGUUCACUUUUGUCAUUUUUACUACGGUUUGUUAUUAUACAAUUGACUCCUACUUGUCGCGUUUCUAAAUGCAUCGAAACUGAUUUCCCUCCCCCCUUUUGACACACGUAGCGUGUACGUUCGUCUUUUGUCGUACGUAAUAUUGCUUGUACAAAGCUUUCUUCUUUUUUUUCUUCUUUUAUUACAUGUUGUCAUCGAUUUUCACAACUUUUUCGGAAAUUUGCUUCCCCGUUCGAUCUACACUCCACUUAUAAUAGAAAAUCUGAAAGAGCAGAGUGUAUAUUUGACGGCACGACGGAUGUAGAGACUCGACGCGAGUCUCCUCGUAACAGAUUGUCUGAAAGAUGCAAAUGCAAGAUACCGAAGGCGCCGAUGGUUCACCAUGGAAUAAUUCAAGUGGCUGCGAGGAAGAUCGCAGGCCACUUCAAAAAGAAGGCAAGAAAUCAAAUGUGUUACCGCUAUGGGGCAAUGAGAGGACUAUGAAUUUAAAUCCUUUGAUACUAACCAACAUACAGUCGUCGCACUAUUUCAAGGUGAAUCUGUAUGAACUUAAGACCUAUCAUGAGGUAAUUGACGAGAUCUACUACAAGGUAUCGCAUCUGGAGCCCUGGGAAAAGGGCAGCAGGAAGACUGCGGGUCAGACUGGCAUGUGUGGAGGCCGGUUCAUGCAGGUGCGAGGCGUAGGCGCAGGAGGCAUCGUUUCCACGGCUUAUUGCCUAUUGUAUAAACUCUUCACACUGAGGCUGACCAGAAAGCAAUUGAACGGGCUUAUUAAUCAUCCAGACUCGCCGUAUAUCCGCGCCUUGGGAUUUAUGUACAUUAGAUACACACAGCCGCCGGCAGACUUAUUCAGCUGGUACAGCGACUACUUGGAUGACGACGAAGAGUUGGACGUGAAAGCUGGCGGCGGACAAACCAUGAAGAUGGGCGAUAUCCUCAAGCAGUUCCUUACCAAACUCGAAUGGUUCUCUACAUUAUUCCCACGAAUACCUGUGCCAAUCCAAAAGGAUUUGGAGUUACGGCUGGCGGAGCGUUUCCCACAACAGACGGUGAACGCGCGUAAUGCCAAACCACCAAUCACGCUUAAUAGUUCGCACGGCAAGUACGGCAAUAGUGUAGGAAGUUGCGGUGGGCGAAAGGACAACGGCAACAUGACGGCAACGCGCAAUCAGCAGCAACAUCAACAGCAUCAGCAGCAGCACCAUCAACAGCAGCAGCAACCCCGACACAUUCCCGACAGCGAAGCUCAGUGGGGCGAGGCGGAGCGUACGAGCCACUGGCGUGCCAGAUCCGAUGAGGAUCGUAAGGACAAGCACCGGGAGCGUGAUCGGGAGCGAGAAAGACAACGAGAACGCGAUCGAGACAGAGCUCGCGAACGGGAAAGAGAGAGAGAGAGGCACUGCCGAAGAUCUGACAGUCGCGACAGAAAUAGAAGGCAAAGGGAUUAUAGAAGCCGCAGCAGAGACAAGUUGCAUAGAGAUCGGAGUAGAGAUCGUCAUCGCGACAGAGAUCGACAUCGAGACAGGAGAGGAUCACCGUACGAUUAUGCCGCGGAGUUGGCUCGUGAGCGUGAAAGACAACGAAGAGAAUGAGCAAGACUCACUACAUAUACCGUGUACAUAUACGGACGUAAUUAUUUGUACAAGCGUGUAACUAUGGGAAUUGAGAGCAACAAUGAACUAGAACCGAGCCAUACCACUUUUCAUCAUUAUCAUCAUCGUCAUCGACAGAACGUCAUCGUCAUCAUCACUUUCACCUCCGUGUGUAUAACGUACGCUCUCACUGGAAAACUUACUUUGGGGCGAUGUGUAACCUUAAAUCCGAUUUGUCACGCGAUGUAGUUUACAUGUUUUUAUAAAAUAAAUUCAUCGCCGACA